AAGUUCCGCCGGAGCAUGAGCGGCAUCCCUAACCUUCAGGAGACCCUGAAGGAGAGGCAGGCACGGUUUAGAGAUGCAAGGGAAAACCGAAGAAUGAAGAUUGAGUCAGCAUUUAAGUAUAUCUUUGAAGUUGUAGCGGAAAAGCUUGGCCUGGACAUAGCAACAGUUGAAGAAUUAAUUUUGGAUUGCCUUUCUCUGGAUCCAUUUGUCCACUUUUUUGAGAAAGACGGCUGUAAGACUUUGAAAAUUUUGUAUCAGGAAGGAGAUGUUCCUAGUCUUGAAUGUGGUCGAACUCUUCCUGGAGCAGGCAAAGGGGCGAAAAUGAUGAGAUUGUUUAUAGACAGCACAGCUCCCGACAAACUGAAAGGGAUGUGUCUCUUUUUCGUUCGCCUUCGUAAUGACAUUGCCUUGAAUGCUAAAAGUGUUCAUGAGGAUGUGAUGUUUACUGUUUUGGAUGCAUCGAAAGGACUCUUAGAAGGAAUCAGGAAGAUGCUGUCAAAGCUAUUUCUCCCAGCUAUUCUUGCCACAAGCAACUGGGGUGCUUUAAACCAGUCCAAGCAGGGAGAGUCUGAAAAACAUAUUUUCAUUGAGACAAUUAACAGAUACCUUUCAUUUUUAGAUGGUGCUAGAAUAAGUAUCGAGGGAACUGUGAUGUUAAAGAAGAUAGACAAUAUUGAUUUUUCUAGACUGCUCACCUUUAAAGAAGUGACAAGUGCAGCAAGCAAUUCAGAAACUGUUCACCAGCUGGAGGAGGUAUUGAUGGUGUGGUACAAGCAGAUUGAACAGGUGCUUAUUGAGAGCGAGCAGAUGAGAAAAGAAGCUGAUGAUUCCGGUCCCCUCACUGAGCUAGAACAUUGGAAGCGGAUGUCAGCCAAGUUCAACUUCAUCAUCGAGCAGAUCAAAGGACCAAGCUGUAAGGCUGUUAUUAAUGUCCUCAACGUUGCGCAUUCCAAACUGUUGAAGAACUGGCGUGAUCUGGAUGCCAGAAUCACAGAUACAGCAAAUGAAUCAAAAGAUAAUGUUAGAUAUUUGUACACUUUGGAAAAAGUCUGCCAACCUCUCUAUAACUAUGAUCUGGUUUCCAUGGCCCAUGGAAUACAAAACCUGAUUAAUGCCAUCAGAAUGAUUCACAGUGUGUCACGGUAUUACAACACCUCAGAGAGAAUGACUUCUUUGUUUAUCAAGGUAACAAAUCAAAUGGUGACGGCGUGUAAAGCAUACAUUACAGAUGGAGGAAUAAAUCAUGUAUGGGAUCAGGAAACUCCAAUAGUACUGAAGAAAAUUCAGGAUUGCAUUUUUCUAUUCAAGGAAUAUCAGACAUCUUUCCACAAAACAAGGAAACAGAUUUUAGAGUCCUCAGGGGAAAAAUCUUUUGAGGUUUCAGAAAUGUAUAUUUUUGGAAAAUUUGAAGCUUUUUGUAAAAGAUUAGAGAAAAUUACAGAAAUGAUAACAAUUGUACAAACAUAUUCAGCCUUGAAUAAUUCUACAAUAGAAGGCAUAGAUAUUAUGGCAAUAAAAUUCAAAAAUAUUUAUCAAGGGGUUAAGAAAAAGCAAUAUGACAUUCUGGAUCCACGAAGGACAGAAUUUGACACAGAUUUCUUAGAAUUUAUGGCAAAAAUCAAUAGUUUAGAGUUACAAAUACAAGGAUUUAUGAACACUACUUUUGGAAAAAUCUUAUCGUCUCAGCAGGCUCUUCAGCUACUUCAAAGAUUUCAGAAGCUGAACAUUCCCUGUCUGCAGUUAGAAAUCAAUCGUACAAUUGAGCGAAUUCUUCAGUAUUAUGUGGCUGAACUUGAAGCUACUAAGAAGCUUUAUCAUUCUCAAAAAGAAGACCCCCCUCUUGCUCGCAAUAUGCCCCCUAUAGCAGGAAAAAUCCUCUGGGUGAGACAGCUCUAUCGGCGGAUAAAUGAGCCCAUCAACUAUUUUUUUAAAAACUCAGACAUUUUAUCAAGUAAUGAAGGGAAAGCUGUGAUCCGACAGUACAACAAAAUCUCCUAUGUCCUGGUGGAAUUCGAGGUGGUGUACCACACGGCCUGGGUCAAAGAGAUUUCACAGUUACACUACGCCUUACAAGCCACGCUUUUCGUGCGACAUCCAGAAACAGGAAAGCUGCUGGUCAAUUUUGAUCCCAAAAUUUUGGAAGUUGUUCGGGAAACCAAAUGUAUGAUCAAGAUGAAGUUGGAUGUUCCCGAACAGGCAAAGAGAUUGUUAAAAUUGGAAAGUAAAUUGAAAGCAGACAAACUAUAUUUGCAGGGUCUUCUGCAGUAUUAUGAUGACCUAUGUCAGGAAGUGCCUUCUGUAUUUGUUAAUCUGAUGGCUCCUAAAACAAAACAGGUGGAGUUUGUGUUGAGGCAGGGUCUCACAGUCCUAACGUGGUCAUCUUUAACUCUGGAACGCUUCUUUCAUGAAGUUGAGUCUGUUUUGGAUAUGUUCAAUCAACUUUUAAAGAAGGUCAGUGACUUGUGUGAAAUGCAUAUUGAUACAGUUCUCAAGGAGAUAGCCAAAACUGUGUUGAUAUCUUUGCCUGAAACUGGGGCUACCAGAGUAGAAGAUAUGCUGACACUCAAUGAGACAUGCACAAAAGAAUGGGCUGAUAUUCUAAACCACAAAAGUCGGCACGUGGAAGAAGCUGUCAAAGAGCUUAUAUUAAUAUUUGAGCAACUUUAUGAAGUUAAAUACACGGGGAAAGGAGUAAUAAAAAAGUUACCAGAACAACGGAAACGUGUUGUUUUUGGAAACGACACAGAAGAGGCGGACAACAACGAGUACGAUGAGAUGGUGAAGGAAGUGGAUAGCAACGACAAAGAAGAUGAAUUUAAGAAGGUCAUUCUUUUAGAUGGGACACCCACCCCAUAUGGACGAAGACGGUCAGAGGACAUUAUUUCCUUUAUAAAAUCGGAAGUGCAUCUUGCAAUCCCUAAUGUGGUGAUGGUUCCUAGUCUAGAUGACAUUCAACAAGCCAUUAACCGCAUGAUCCAGUUAACCCUGGAGGUCAGCAGGGGAGUGGCCCACUGGGGACAGCAGCAGUCCCGCCCAAUCAAAUCCGUUAUUACCAGUAGCUCCCGCUCCGACGACCAGAAUCACCCAAGCACAGGAAAACAGAAGAAAGAAGAAAGAUCUUUUGAGGAAGUUAUUCCUGCAAGAAAGCUGAAGAACUUUUACCCCGGGGUGGCAGAGCACAAGGAUAUUUCCAAGUUGGUCCUUCUCCUUUCCUCCUCCGUGAAUUCUCUAAGAAAGGCGGCCAACGAAGCCCUGCAGGACUUUCAAAAGUACAAGAGUCUCUGGACGGAGGACCGAGAUGUGAAAGUGAAGGAGUUUUUGGCCAACAACCCUUCCCUGACUGAGAUCAGAUCUGAGAUUCUCCACUAUGCUACUUUUGAACAGGAGAUUGAUGAGUUGAAGCCCAUCAUUAUUGUAGGGGCUCUUGAAUUGCACACAGAGCCCAUGAAGUUAGCUUUAUCAAUUGAGGCGAAGGCCUGGAAGAUGUUGCUCUGUCGAUAUUUGAAUGAAGAAUACAAAAAGAAAAUGUUAGACAUGAUAGCAUUUAUCAAUGAAUACUUGAAAAAGUUGUCCAGACCCAUCCGUGAUUUAGAUGAUGUCAGAUUUGCAAUGGAAGCCUUGGCCUGUAUUCGUGAUAAUGAAAUCCAGAUGGACAUGACUUUGGGGCCAAUUGAAGAAGCCUAUGGUAUUUUAAACAGAUUCGAAGUUGAAGUAACCAAAGAAGAAUCUGAAGCGGUUGAUACCUUGAGAUACUCAUUCAACAAACUGCAGAGCAAAGCUGUUUCUGUACAAGAUGAACUAGUUCAAGUGCAGCCAAAGUUUAAGAGCAAUCUCCUUGAGGCUGUUGAAGUUUUUCGCGAGGAUGUCACAAACUUUGCAGAAGCCUAUGAGACGGAAGGACCUAUGGUUCCAAACAUACCACCCCAAGAAGCCAGCAACAGGCUACAGAUAUUUCAGGCCAACUUUGAUGAUCUCUGGAGGAAAUUUGUUACCUAUUCAUCUGGUGAACAGCUAUUUGGAUUGCCCGUAACCGACUAUGAGGUUUUACACAAAACUAGGAAAGAACUGAAUUUGCUGCAGAAACUGUAUGGCCUUUAUGACACUGUCAUGGGCAGUAUUAGCGGGUACUAUGAAAUUCUCUGGGGUGAUGUAGAUAUUGAGAAAAUCAAUGCAGAAUUACUAGAAUUUCAGAACAGAUGUCGUAAACUUCCUAAGGGGCUUAAAGAUUGGCAAGCUUUUUUGGAUCUAAAGAAAAGAAUUGAUGACUUCAGUGAGUCUUGUCCGCUAUUAGAAAUGAUGACCAAUAAGGCAAUGAAACAGAGGCACUGGGAUCGAAUCUCUGAGUUAACUGGAACCCCAUUCGAUGUGGAAUCGGAUUCUUUUUGCCUUAGAAAUAUCAUGGAAGCUCCACUCCUUAAAAACAAGGAUGAUAUCGAGGAUAUUUGCAUAUCUGCCAGUAAGGAAAAGGAUAUUGAAGCCAAGCUGAGUCUAGUGGUUGAUAAUUGGACCAAUCAGAACCUGAGUUUUGCAACAUUUAAAGGGAAGGGAGAACUCCUGCUCAAAGGAACUGAAUCGGGAGAAAUUAUCACUUUGAUGGAGGAUAGCUUAAUGGUCUUAGGCUCCUUGCUAAGCAACAGAUAUAAUGCUCCGUUUAAAAAAAGUAUCCAGAACUGGGUGUAUAAACUGUCUACUUCCUCGGACAUCAUUGAAGAGUGGCUGGUGGUGCAAAACCUUUGGGUCUACCUUGAAGCCGUCUUCGUGGGGGGAGAUAUUGCCAAGCAGCUGCCUCAGGAAGCAAAACGUUUUCAGAAUAUUGACAAGUCGUGGGUAAAAAUCAUGCAGAGAGCUCACGAGAACCCCAAUGUGAUCAGUUGUUGUGUUGGAGAUGAGACCAUGGGACAGCUUUUGCCUCAUUUACACGAACAGCUGGAAGUGUGUCAGAAGUCACUUUCAGGGUAUUUGGAGAAGAAACGACUAUUGUUUCCAAGAUUUUUCUUUGUAUCUGAUCCAGUUCUUCUGGAAAUCCUUGGACAAGCCAGUGAUUCGCAUACCAUACAGCCUCAUCUCCCUGCAGUGUCUGACAACAUAAACGAGGUAACAUUUCAUCAAAAAGACUACGAUCGGAUGAUGGCCGUCAUAUCAAGAGAAGGAGAAAAGAUUGUUUUGGACACUCCUGUCAUGGCCAAAGGUCCGGUGGAGAUUUGGCUUCUGGACUUGUUAAAAGUGCAGAUGUCAUCAUUGCAUAAUAUAAUUCGAGCUGCAUUCUAUCAGAUCAGCGAUUCGGGAUUUCAACUCUUACCUUUUCUCCAGCACUUUCCAGCACAGGUUGGGCUCCUGGGAAUUCAGAUGUUAUGGACGCAUGAUUCAGAAGAGGCUUUAAACAAUGCAAAAGAUGACAGGAAGAUCAUGCAAUUGACUAAUCAGAAAUUUUUGGACAUCUUAAAUACACUUAUUAGUCAGACAACACAUGACCUGACCAAGUUUGACAGAGUGAAGUUUGAAACUCUAAUUACCAUCCAUGUGCAUCAAAGAGAUAUUUUUGAUGACUUGGUAAAAAUGCACAUCAAGUCUGCCACUGAUUUUGAAUGGCUAAAACAGAGUCGAUUUUAUUUUAAGGAAGAUUUGGAUCAGACAGUGGUGUCUAUUACUGAUGUUGAUUUUGUUUACCAAAAUGAAUUUCUGGGGUGCACCGAUCGCCUCGUUAUCACUCCAUUAACCGAUAGAUGCUAUAUCACGCUAGCGCAGGCGUUGGGAAUGAACAUGGGAGGUGCCCCGGCCGGCCCUGCAGGCACUGGCAAAACAGAAACCACAAAAGACAUGGGCCGGUGUCUUGGAAAGUAUGUGGUGGUUUUUAACUGCUCAGAUCAGAUGGACUUCAGAGGCCUAGGAAGGAUUUUCAAAGGUCUUGCACAGUCUGGUUCCUGGGGCUGUUUUGAUGAGUUUAACAGAAUUGAAUUGCCUGUGUUAUCAGUGGCGGCCCAACAGAUUUAUAUUGUUUUGACAGCAAGAAAAGAGAGGAAAAAACAGUUCAUUUUUUCUGAUGGUGAUUGUGUUGAUUUAAACCCAGAAUUUGGAAUCUUCUUAACAAUGAACCCUGGAUAUGCUGGGCGCCAGGAGCUGCCAGAAAACUUGAAAAUCCAGUUCAGAACUGUUGCUAUGAUGGUCCCUGACCGACAGAUCAUUAUGCGGGUUAAACUUGCAAGCUGUGGCUUUCUGGAAAAUGUGAUCUUGGCUCAGAAGUUUUAUGUGCUUUACAAACUCUGUGAAGAGCAACUUACUAAGCAGGUCCAUUAUGACUUCGGCUUGAGAAAUAUUCUAUCUGUAUUGAGGACACUUGGAUCACAAAAGAGAGCCAGACCAGAAGACAGUGAAUUAAGCACAGUCAUGAGAGGACUGAGAGAUAUGAACCUUUCUAAAUUGGUGGAUGAAGAUGAGCCCUUGUUCCUCAGCUUAAUCAACGACCUGUUUCCAGGAUUACAGCUGGACAGUAAUACAUAUGUGGAACUGCAAGCUGCUGUGGCCAACCAGGUUCAGCUAGAAGGACUGAUUAACCACCCGCCCUGGAACCUCAAACUUGUACAGUUAUAUGAGACAUCUCUGGUACGGCACGGCUUGAUGACUCUUGGGCCCAGUGGUUCUGGGAAGACAGCCGUUAUAACAAUUCUAAUGAAGGCGCUGACGGAAUGUGGAAGACCCCACAGGGAAAUGCGAAUGAACCCCAAAGCCAUUACUGCACCCCAGAUGUUUGGCAGGCUGGAUACCGCUACCAAUGACUGGACCGAUGGAAUUUUUUCUACUCUGUGGAGAAAAACAUUAAAGGCUAAAAAAGGUGAAAACAUUUUCCUCAUUUUAGAUGGUCCCGUGGAUGCCAUUUGGAUUGAGAAUUUAAACUCUGUGUUGGAUGACAACAAGACCCUCACAUUAGCUAAUGGGGAUCGCAUUCCUAUGGCCCCCAGUUGUAAGCUUCUGUUUGAGGUCCACAAUAUUGAGAACGCAUCUCCAGCCACCGUGUCUCGCAUGGGCAUGGUCUACAUCAGCAGCUCCGCUCUCAGCUGGAGGCCGAUACUACAGGCAUGGUUGAAGAAGCGUACUGUUCAGGAAGCCACCACAUUCCUGAGUCUGUAUGACAAAGCAUUUGAAGAUGCUUAUACAUACAUGAAACUAAACCUCAGUCCCAAGAUGCAGCUCUUAGAGUGCAACUAUAUUGUGCAAUCUCUCAAUCUCCUGGAAGGUUUAAUUCCCUCCAAAGAAGAAGGUGGCGUCUCGUCCGUUGAUCACCUCCAUAAAUUGUUUGUCUUUGGUCUAAUGUGGAGUUUAGGAGCCCUUUUGGAACUAGAUAACAGAGAAAAACUUGAACUCUUUUUACGAAAUCACGGAAGCAAUUUAGACUUGCCCAAAAUACCUAAAGGCACAAAUCAGACCAUGUAUGAGUUUUUUGUUACUGAUUAUGGUGAUUGGGAGCACUGGAAUAAGAAACUUCAGCCAUAUUAUUAUCCAACUGACAGUAUUCCAGAAUAUUCAUCAAUUUUGGUUCCGAAUGUUGACAAUAUUAGAACAAGUUUUCUGAUGGAAACCAUUGCAAAACAAUUUAAAGCUGUUCUGCUCACGGGAGAGCAGGGAACUGCAAAGACUGUGAUGAUAAAGGCCUAUCUGAAAAAAUAUGAUCCUGAAGUCCAGCUAUCCAAAUCCGUCAACUUUUCAUCUGCCACAGAACCAAUGAUGUUUCAGAGAACAAUCGAGAGCUACGUGGAUAAGCGAAUGGGAAGCACAUAUGGGCCCCCAGGAGGGAGAAAAAUGACUGUCUUUAUUGAUGACAUUAAUAUGCCUAUUAUUAAUGAGUGGGGAGAUCAGAUCACUAACGAGAUUGUGCGGCAGAUGAUGGAGAUGGAAGGGAUGUACAGUUUAGACAAACCCGGAGACUUCACCACCAUCGUGGAUGUCCAGAUCAUCGCAGCCAUGAUUCACCCCGGAGGGGGUCGGAAUGACAUUCCGCAGCGGUUAAAGCGACAGUUCACUGUCUUCAAUUGUACACUGCCAUCCAAUACUUCAAUAGACAAGAUUUUUGGAGUGAUUGGCUGUGGAUACUUUGAUCCUUGUAGAAAGUUCAAGCCUCAAAUAUGUGAUAUGAUUGGGAAUUUGGUCUCAGUGGGCAGAGUGCUGUGGCAGUGGACAAAGGUGAAGAUGUUGCCGACACCUUCUAAAUUUCAUUAUAUCUUCAAUCUUCGAGACCUUUCCAGAAUUUGGCAAGGAAUGUUAACUAUAAGAGCAGACGAGUGUGACUCUCUUGCUAUUCUCCUGUCACUUUUCAAACACGAGUGUAACAGAGUGAUUGCAGACAGAUUUAUAACUCCCGAAGACGAGUACUGGUUUAACACACAACUUGUCCGUGCAAUUGAAGAGACCGUUGGCUCGGAGGUAGUGUCAUACAUUCACCCGGAACCGUAUUUUGUGGAUUUUCUCCGUGACAUGCCUGAACCAACUGGCGAGGAACCUGAAGACUCUCUAUUCGAAGUGCCCAAAGUCUAUGAAUUGAUACCAUCAUAUGAAUUUCUGGCUGAAAAACUGCAAUUCUACCAAAAGCAGUUCAAUGAAAUCAUUCGAGGAACUACUCUUGAUCUGGUGUUUUUUAAAGAUGCAAUGACUCAUCUUGUUAAGAUUUCCCGAAUCAUUCGAACCUCCUGUGGAAAUGCGUUGCUGGUGGGCGUUGGUGGUUCAGGAAAACAGAGCCUUUCAAGACUGGCUUCUUUCAUUGCUGGAUAUCAGAUAUUUCAAAUAACAUUAACCAGGUCUUACAACGUGAAUAAUCUCAUCGAUGACUUAAAAUUUCUGUAUAGAGUUGCGGGCGGCGAGGGAAAGGGCAUUACCUUUAUCUUCACUGACAACGAGAUCAAAGAUGAGGCAUUUCUAGAGUACCUGAACAACCUGCUGUCCUCGGGGGAGAUCUCCAGUUUGUUUGCACGAGACGAGCUAGAUGAGAUCACCCAAGGUCUGAUAUCUGUGAUGAAAAAGGAGUUGCCUCGCCAUCCUCCUACCUUCGAUAACCUGUACGAAUACUUCAUUUCCAGGUCCAGGAGGAACCUGCACGUGGUUCUCUGCUUCUCCCCUGUUGGUGAGAAGUUUCGAGCUCGUUCUCUGAAAUUCCCUGGCUUGAUAUCGGGUUGUACAAUGGACUGGUUCAGCCGCUGGCCGAAGGAGGCUCUGGUGGCCGUGUCCUCCUACUUCCUGCUGGAAUAUAAUAUCGUCUGCUCUCUUGAAACUAAAAAGCAAGUUGUAGAAACAAUGGGCCUCUUUCAUGACUUGGUUUCUGAGAGCUGUGAAAAUUAUUUCCAAAGGUACCGCCGACGAGCGCAUGUGACUCCCAAAUCUUACCUUUCGUUUAUAAAUGGCUAUAAAAACAUUUACACCGAGAAGGUGAAAUAUAUCAAUGAACAAGCUGACCGCAUGAAUAUUGGUCUCGAUAAGCUCAUGGAAGCGAGUGAGUCAGUUGCUAAACUCUCCCAGGACCUUGCCGUCAAGGAGAAGGAGUUAGCCGUGGCUUCUGUGAAAGCAGAUGAAGUGUUGGCGGAAGUCACGAUAAGUGCUCAGGCUUCAGCCAAAGUGAAAAAUGAAGUGCAGGAGGUGAAAGACAAAGCCCAGAAGAUCGUGGACGAAAUUGAUUCUGAGAAAGUCAAAGCAGAGUCAAAACUGGAGGCGGCAAAACCUGCCCUGGAAGAAGCAGAGGCCGCCCUGAAUACUAUCAAACCAAAUGAUAUUGCCACGGUCAGGAAGCUGGCAAAACCCCCGCAUCUUAUUAUGAGGAUCAUGGACUGUGUAUUGUUACUGUUUCAAAAGAAAAUCGACCCUGUUACUAUGGAUCCAGAGAAACCGUGCUGCAAGCCAUCCUGGGGGGAAUCAUUAAAGCUGAUGAGUGCGACAGGAUUCCUGUGGAGCCUUCAGCAGUUCCCAAAGGACACAAUCAACGAAGAGACAGUUGAGUUGUUGCAGCCCUAUUUCAAUAUGGAGGAUUACACCUUUGAAAGUGCCAAAAAAGUCUGUGGAAACGUGGCUGGUCUGCUGUCUUGGACACUUGCUAUGGUGAUAUUUUAUGGCAUCAACAGGGAAGUGUUGCCUCUGAAGGCGAACCUGGCCAAGCAGGAAGGCCGCUUAGCCGUGGCUAAUGCUGAGCUAGGGAAAGCCCAGGCACUGCUGGACGAGAAGCAAGCCGAGCUGGAUAAAGUACAAGCGAAAUUUGAUGCAGCAAUGAAUGAGAAAAUGGAUCUGCUCAAUGACGCAGACAUGUGCCGGAAGAAGAUGCAGGCUGCCUCUGCCCUCAUCGAUGGGCUGAGCGGAGAGAAAGUCCGGUGGACCCAGCAAAGUAAAGAGUUCAAAGCUCAGAUUAAUCGACUGGUGGGUGAUGUGCUGCUCUGCACUGGCUUCCUCUCCUACCUUGGGCCUUUCAAUCAGAUAUUUAGGAACUAUUUGCUGAAAGAGCAAUGGGAGUUGGAGUUGAGAUCCCGGAAGAUUCCAUUCACGGAAAACCUGAAUCUGAUUGCGAUGUUGGUGGAUCCUCCAACCAUUGGCGAGUGGGGGUUGCAAGGACUGCCAGGAGAUGACCUCUCAAUUCAGAAUGGCAUUAUUGUGACAAAGGCCACCAGAUACCCACUCCUCAUAGAUCCACAAACUCAGGGCAAAACUUGGAUUAAGUCAAAGGAAAAAGAAAAUGAUUUGCAGGUGACAACUCUGAACCACAAAUACUUCCGCACACAUCUGGAAGACUGCCUGUCCUUGGGGCGACCCCUUCUCAUUGAGGACAUUCGGGAAGAACUGGAUCCCGCCUUGGAUAAUGUGUUAGAAAAGAAUUUCAUUAAAUCAGGCACCAGUUUCAAGGUGAAGGUGGGCGACAAGGAGUGCGACAUCAUGGACACCUUCAAGCUGUACAUCACCACCAAGCUGCCCAACCCGGCCUUCACGCCCGAGAUCAACGCCAAGACCUCCGUCAUCGACUUCACCGUCACCAUGAAGGGGCUGGAGAACCAGCUGCUGCGGAGGGUCAUCCUCACCGAGAAGCAGGAGCUAGAGUCCGAGAGGGUUAAACUUAUGGAGGAUGUUACGUUUAAUAAGCGGAAGAUGAAAGAGCUUGAAGAUAACCUGCUGUUUAAAUUAAGCACCACGAAAGGUUCCUUGGUAGAUGAUGAGUCUCUCAUUGGCGUCCUGAGAACCACCAAGCUGACGGCCGCGGAGGUCAGUGAAAAACUGCACGUAGCAGCAGAAACAGAGAUCAAGAUUAACACAGCCCAGGAGGAGUUCAGGCCAGCAGCCACCCGUGGGAGCAUCCUCUACUUUCUCAUCACAGAGAUGAGCAUGGUCAACAUCAUGUACCAGACAUCGCUGGCCCAGUUCCUCAAGUUAUUCGACCAGUCCAUGGCCAGAUCUGAAAAGUCUCCAUUACCUCAAAAGAGAAUUGUCAAUAUUAUCGAGUAUCUGACAUACGAAGUUUUUACGUACUCUGUCAGGGGCCUGUAUGAAAACCACAAAUUCCUCUUUGUCCUCCUCAUGACCCUGAAGAUUGAUCUUCAGAGGGGGACGGUUAAGCACCGGGAGUUCCACGCUCUCAUUAAAGGGGGUGCUGCGCUGGAUCUGAAAGCCUGCCCGCCCAAGCCCUUUCGCUGGAUCCUUGAUAUGACGUGGCUGAACCUUGUGGAGCUGAGCAAACUUCCUCAAUUUGCAGAAAUUAUGAACCAGAUAUCACGGAAUGAGAAGGGGUGGAAAAGCUGGUUUGAUAAAGAUGCUCCAGAGGAGGAGAUCAUACCCGACGGGUACAAUGAUUCGCUGGACACCUGCCACAAACUCUUACUUAUCAGGUCUUGGUGCCCAGACCGCACUGUUUUCCAAGCAAGAAAGUAUAUUGCCGACUCUUUGGAGGAGAAGUACACAGAGCCGGUCAUCUUAAACCUGGAGAAAACAUGGGAAGAGAGUGACUCCCGGACGCCGCUCAUCUGUUUCCUGUCCAUGGGAUCUGAUCCCACCAUUCAAAUCGACGCACUGGCCAAGAAACUGAAGCUGGAAUGUAGAACUAUCUCCAUGGGACAGGGACAAGAAGUGCAUGCUCGGAAACUCAUUCAGAUGUCAAUGCAGCAGGGCGGUUGGGUCUUACUGCAGAAUUGUCACCUUGGCCUGGAAUUCAUGGAGGAAUUACUAGAGACACUGAUCACCACGGAAGCCAAUGAUGAUUCUUUCCGAGUGUGGAUCACCACGGAGCCUCAUGACCGAUUUCCAAUCACAUUGCUUCAGACUUCUCUCAAAUUCACGAAUGAGCCUCCCCAAGGGGUGCGCGCGGGUCUAAAAAGAACAUUCGCCGGGAUCAAUCAAGACCUUCUGGACAUCAGCAAUUUACCCAUGUGGAAACCCAUGCUCUACACAGUCGCGUUUUUACACUCCACUGUGCAGGAAAGACGAAAAUUUGGUCCUCUAGGAUGGAAUAUUCCCUAUGAAUUCAAUUCUGCUGACUUUUCAGCCAGUGUUCAGUUUAUUCAGAAUCACCUGGAUGAAUGUGAUAUUAAAAAGGGUGUUUCGUGGAGUACGGUUCGGUACAUGAUUGGAGAAGUACAAUAUGGAGGCAGAGUGACAGAUGACUUUGACAAACGUCUGCUUAAUUGCUUUGCUAGAGUCUGGUUCAGCGAGAAGAUGUUUGAACCUACCUUCUGUUUUUAUACUGGCUAUAAAAUCCCCGUAUGCAAAACCUUGGACCAGUAUUUUGAGUACAUCCAGUCCCUGCCGUCCUUAGAUAACCCUGAAGUCUUUGGGCUUCACCCCAAUGCUGAUAUCACGUAUCAGAGCAACACCGCUUCCGACGUUCUUGAAACAAUUACCAACAUUCAGCCCAAAGAGAGCGGAGGAGGAGUGGGGGAGACCCGCGAGGCCAUCGUGUACAGGCUGUCUGAAGACAUGUUGAGCAAGCUGCCCCCGGAUUACAUUCCCCACGAGGUGAAAGCUCGCUUGGUAAAGAUGGGGCAUCUGAAUUCAAUGAACAUAUUUCUCAGACAAGAAAUUGACAGGAUGCAAAGGGUCAUCUCAAUACUUCGCAGCAGCCUGAGUGACCUCAAGUUGGCCAUUGAAGGUACCAUCAUCAUGAGCGAGAACCUGAGAGACGCUCUGGACAACAUGUAUGACGCUCGAAUCCCUCAGCUCUGGAAGAGGGUGUCCUGGGAUUCCUCCACCCUGGGCUUCUGGUUUACCGAACUUUUGGAAAGGAACGCUCAGUUUUCUACCUGGAUCUUCGAUGGGAGGCCUAAUGUGUUCUGGAUGACUGGUUUCUUUAAUCCCCAAGGAUUCCUCACAGCAAUGAGGCAAGAAGUGACCCGUGCCCACAAAGGCUGGGCUCUGGACACGGUGACCAUUCACAAUGACGUGCUGCGGCAGACCAAGGAGGAAAUCGUGUCGCCUCCUGCGGAAGGCGUGUAUAUUUAUGGGCUGUACAUGGAUGGCGCAGGCUGGGACCGGAGGAACGGGAAGCUCACAGAAUCCACCCCCAAGGUGCUCUUCACACAGCUGCCUGUGCUCCACAUCUUUGCGAUUAACUCCACGGCGCCCAAGGACCCCAAACUGUACGUGUGUCCCAUUUACAAGAAACCCAGACGCACCGACCUGACUUUCAUCACUGUGGUAUAUUUGCGAACAGUGUUGGCCCCGGAUCACUGGAUCCUGAGGGGCGUGGCCCUUUUGUGUGACGUCAAGUAACCUCGUUUCCACAUGCC